AUGGAUAAAGAAAAUUUAAAAGCCAUUUUCAAUGACUUAGGAGUGGCUAGCCAGGGUUAUGUUAACAAGGAUGAACUUGCGAAGAUCUGCGAGUACUUCGGCAUGGAAGAUAUGACCAAAAAGGAGUUGGAUAAAUUAUUUCAAGACUUAGACCAGGACAAAGAUGGAAAGAUUAGUGAGGAUGAAUUCUUGGUAGGCAUGUUCAACAAACCAUCUCCUCCGACACCUUCAACUCCAAAAUUUCCACCAGAUUCCCUACAAGAACCCACAGCUCCUGUUACCUCCCCAGCGCCAAACGUCACACCCAGAAACAAAGACAAUAAAACCACACCUGCCAACAAAAACAAUGAAACCACACCUACCAAUAAAGACAUCAACACCACACCAACAAACAAAGAUGAUGAAACCACACCAACAAACAAAGAUGCCAACAACACAAAAUCCCCAUCAUCCACUAUUCUACCUACCAAAGAAAAUGAACCCCUACCUCCAAAGACCCCCUCAACAAAGGCAGUUCUUGACAAGAACAGUCCAGAAACUGAUUCAAAAGAUUCCAAAUUUGAUUCUCUGCCUAAUUUUGGUGACAAAAAUAAGUUUCCUAACUUAUCUGCUACCUCUCGGGCUGACCCAACUGACUGGCUCAAUUUUUUGGACCCCAACCGAACUGGGUUCGUAAAGGGCAGAGAUGUCAUUGAUUACAUGAGUAGAUGUAAAAUAGCUGAUGGGGAAAACAUAUUGAAAAGAUUGAACUUUGACCCCGUGGGUAAUAUUGCCCCCAGUCAGCUGGCCAGAGUUCUCGAACAGCAGCUGAAGAACUCGAAAGAUGCAGCUCUGCAUGAUGCUGCUGCUGAUAUGCUACUGAAUUCUACUGAUAAGUUGUGGUCAGUUGAUGAUGAUGAUGAUGAUGAUAAUGGUGAUACAAUGCCGUCAAAAUCUGAUAGAGAUGAUUUUGAAAAAUUGAAGAAAAAAUUAGAAGAUAGUCUGAAGGAAUCGAUGGAUGAGUGUGAGAGGUUGAGAGUGAAAAAUGAAGAAUUAGAAAGUGAAAUUAAAAAGUUAACUGAAGACUUGAACAAUGCAUCAACGAUUAAAGAUACAAAUUAUGAAGCCACCAAAAAGAAAUUGGACGAUGGUGAUGAUGAGAGUGAUAAUAAAGUAAGGCUAUCAAAUGACCGGUACUCUUCGCUAGAUUUCGAUGACGCAAACAUCUCUGAUGACGUACGUAGAACGAUCCAGAGAGAAAUGGACAGAAGGGAAAAGUUGGCUGCCGAUGAAAGAAAGCAGGCUGAAGGUGCCUUGUUGUUAGAAAUUUCGGAGCUCGAAAGCAAACACGCAGACGAGUUGGAAAAGUUGAAAAAAGAUCAUAAAAAAGAAAAGGACGACUUAUUAGCCAGUCAACAGCGCGCCAUAGCGGAUGCAAUAGCGGAAAAGGAAAGAGAUCUGAUGAAAGAUUACGUGAAAGAUAAAUUAUCAUCAUCAGCGUCACAACUUCCGGUCUCAUCGGCUGAUGAAUUAGAUAACAAAAAUAAAGAAAUAACCAGACUGCAAAACGAGUUGGAGAAACAAUCAAAGCUCAUUGAAGACUUACAACAGCAAAUGAAAGACGACAACAACAACAACAAUGUGGAGGAAGCAAAACCAACAACAACAACAACAAAGAAAGACAGCCACUCAUCUAUCAUUCCAACCGAACUGAGAAAAUUUUUCACAUCUGACGAUGACCUGGUUGAUGACGUCAAAGAUUCGAUUAAAGAAAAAGAUGACGUCACUAAUAUGGUAAGUAGUGAAGGUGUCGAUGCUAUGCGUGCUAAUGUCGUUAAAAAGGUUGACGUCACGUCGCAGACCAAUGAAAAUGACGUCAUCGUCGAAAAAAUUGAGACAGGAAUUCAAACGGAAAAGGUUAUAAUCAGUAAGGCUAUUGAUAGAAAUGAUUUCGCCGGCCAGACCGAUGACGAUGACGUAAUCGCCAUUGAGAGGAGCGACAUUCAUUGCCAGACAAAUCACGUAGUGAUAAGUGACGUCAUAGAGAAGAUUAAUUUGCAUACGCAGACGGAUGAAAUUGAGAAGGUUUUUUCAGAUUCUGAAGUUCAGACUGGGGAGGUCCAAGGUGACGAUACGAAGUUUGCGCAUGUAGAAACUCAAACAGCAUCUAACGAAGUCAUGCACGCGAAGACUCAAACGUCUAUAAAUGACGUCACUUACGUCAUGACACAAACCGAUGAUGAUUUAGUUGCUGCUGCUGUUGAAGCGACCACACAGACCACAUCUGAGGAACUAAUUAGCACAUACAUACAAACAGAUACAGGCGUAUCUAGAGAUACAUUCACACAGACAUUUGAGCAGAGUGACGAUGAUGAUGUUGAGAAAUUCAUAGACGUGACGUCACAAACUGAAUCACGUGACUCUGUUGACGUUUCGUCGCAAACCGAACAACCGCGUGACUCCGUCGCUGAGGUCUCGGCACCAACAAUGGCCACUGAUCUCAAUGACAUGUCGAUUCAGACUGACGACGAACUGAAAGAAUCAACAGCAGCGCAGACAUCAACAGUUGAGUCAGUUGAUGUAACGACGCAAUGUGAAACAACGGAUGAGAAAAAUGUUGAUGUCAUGAUGCAGACUGAGGAUGUUAUUAACGCCAGCAAUGACAACAUAUCCACACAAACGUCAAUCGUUGGUGUCAGUGAGGUGGAGACACAGACGGAGGAUAACGUAUUUGGUGUCCCAGAUGUUGUUGAUGUUAGUAAUAAUGAACUAGAAUCACUGAGACCAUCAAGAGCCUCGCUGACUGAAGAACAUGAUGCUUCCAACAAGACAUCUAUACAGACUGAUGUAACUGACGUCAUCAAAGUGCCGGUAACAGCGUCAACAACAACAACAUCAACCGUCACAGCACAGACCCAGACAAGUAUUAUUGAGGGUGACGUCAUUAACAACGACACGUCACCAGCAACAUCACAGCAACAACAAUUUAGAAACAUCGAAACAACGAUAACCGCAACAACGUCAACUCAAACUGAUUUCGAAUUAGACGGUUAUGAUGAUAAUAACGAUGAGAGAGGCGAUCAUGAUAAUGAUGAUAGAGAAAAGCUACUGAAGCAGUACCAGGCGAACAUUAGCGAGUUGAAGAGCAAGAUAGCAGCAGAUGAGAAGCACAUGUCGCAGGUUAUUCACGAGAUGGAUCUUAUGAUCAGCGAUUUGGAGGAUAAGUUGGAGCUUUCCUACAAGGUGAACAAGAAGCUGGAGAAAGUCAUUAAGGACAGAAAUGAAGAAAUUACAAGUCUGAAAGAGUCACAGAGGCAUCGGAAAGAUGGCGAUGAGAAUGUUCUGUCGUCGCGACAACUGCGACAACCACACCAAAACCAACCACAACUACAACCACAGCAACCACAACUACAACCACAGCAACUACAACCACAGCAACCACAACUACAACCACAGCAACCACAACCACAGCAACCACAACCACAGCAACCACAACUACAAUCACAGCUACAACCACAGCAACCACAACUACAACUACAGCAACUACAACCACAGCAACCACAACUACAACCACAGCUACAACCACAGCCAGCACCUUCACAAUCUAGAUCUCAACCGGUAAACUCAGAUUUGAGCGAUUUUGACAACGUCAUUAAUAACAUUCCAGACGAAUCGAUUGAAAAUCUAAUAAAAGAUUAUGAAAGCAAACUGAAUGACGUCAGGCUGGAGUUUGAAAAGGAAAGAUCAAAAAUAAAACAAGAUCAUGAUAAGGAAAUUAAAAAACUGGCGGAUGACUUCGCUACCGCCAUUGACAGUUUAAACAAAGAUAGGGAAAGGAAACUGAAGGAAAUGGAAAAUAAGGAAAACCCAAAGACUAUAAAUAAAAUAAAAGAUCUAGAAAGUAGAAUAAGCGAUCUCAUGAUGACGAACGAAAGAAUAAUCUUAAACUUGACGAAAGAUAAUGAAAUAAAAAAGUUAGAAAUAAAAAACUUGAACGCGUUAGCGGAGAAAUUAAAAAAUGAAAGCAAAAUGGAAAAAAAUGACUUUAAAAACGCUUUGAGAAGACUAAAAAAUGACUUAAGGGUGGAAAAAGAAGUAAAGUUGUCGUCGGCUGGUAGUGGCAGACUGGAGACGUACUUGAGAGAGCAAAUUAGUGAUUUGUGCAGGCAGAAUGCUGAGUUGAUGAGUCGCAACGAGAAGGUUGACAAGGCAGAUGUGAUGGCCGAGAGAGAUUUGCUACGAGAUCAGUUGAGAAGAACGCUUAAUCAGCUGAAUGAUGUCACGACAGCCCUCACCGCCUUAACCAAUCAGCAUCGAGCCGAGAAACAAGCAUGGACGCUAGCCAAAGAUCAGCUGAUCGACCCUGCUAAAUAUCAGCAACUGGCCAGCAAAAUGGCCUGGACCGAAGCAGCUAACGAAAAGCUACAAGCCAUGCUGGAGCGUAGUCAGUUGGAGUCGACUAAUUUGUUAACUGCUGCCAGGGAAUCUUUCGACAAAAGUCUGAAUGAUUUAAACAAAGAAAAAUUAUUGAGCGAUAACUACGUGAAUAAGCUGACCGGCCUCAUCGAUAACAAAGACCAAAGAAUCAAACAAUUUGUUAGCCAACUAUGUUCUUACUUUAUUUUUAUAUCUAUGAACGACCAACAAAAGAAGACGGAAAAACUGAUAAAAGAUUUGUACAGCGAAAACGCCCGUCUCGUUAAAUAUCUACAAGUCUUGGAGAAACAGAAAAAUGAUUUGAACUCCACUAACAAGUUGCUAGAAGAUAAAUGUUUGGCCCUUGGCGACUUGGUCAGAAGGCUCUGUCCGGCUGCUGUACAGUGA